AUGUCACGCCUUCUCAAUCUGCCCAGCGAGCUGCUCGCUCGCACGUGUUCCUAUGUGAAUCAUUCAUCAUUAAAGUCGCUGCGCCAAUCCUGCCGUUUCACAUCACAGCUGGCCACCGAUCAGCUCUACAGGACUGUGCACCUGAAACCCAGCGAGACAAGCCAAAACGGGUUACAAGGGAUUUUGAACAAUCCCAGUCUACGUCGACUUCCGCGAAAGAUCUACAUAGACACCGUGGACGAAAAUAUAAAUUACGAAGAGGCGGAAGAGCAAGAAUGGCCCCAAGGCUGGGACGAUCUUGUUCCGCAAGUCAAAGAAUUUCCUCGGCUGAAUGCCGCCGUUCUGUGCUUCGACCAGGGGUUUACUUCAGACAGCACGGGUUCUGAUUUUUUUUCCCUGGAAUUGCCCCAGACGUCUCGAUUUCGCUUCCAAGCAAUGCAUAAGUUCUUCUCUCUUCUCGCAUCAUUACGGCACCCAAUCCAAGAUCUUGGUAUUCGCAACCUGCAAGUGGAUAACCCCAGAGAUCCGGAAACACUUGAGAGAAUGGGAAAGGUCCUGUCGGGCCUACUGUCCCUUCGCCUAAGUAUUACCACCGAGUCAAAUGAAGCCGCUCCUGAGCAUGACCUCGAGUAUCCGGAAAUCCGCAAGUUUUUCAAGGAGUUGCCCAGCACAUGGCUGAGUCCUGCCGCGCCUUCUCUCCAACAUCUCUCACUCUGCUCGCGUGAAUACUAUGGCUUUUACCCUCACCUGGACCUCUCCAAUCUGUUCUUUCCACACCUGAAAACGCUAUCACUAGGAAAUUUUUGUUUCUUCCAUGAUAGCCAAAUCGACUGGAUUCUGAAACAUGCCGACACCCUCGAGGAAAUCUACUUCGAUGACUGCGCCGUCCUCUACGACUUUGGUAUGAAUGAAGAGAAUGUGGACGCCUGCGCUCUACGUAGGGACACCUUGGUGCGCCGCACGGGCAGACCAAAAUUAUACGGUUCGUUCGACAAGCGAUGGCACGAUAUUUUCGAUAUUUUCGCAGAGAAACUGCCAAAACUGCGACACUUUCAAAUCGGCCGUAGUGAUUGGUACCCGGAUAUUCCAUUUGAGCAGGAGAGGGAUAUCAAGGUCGGGCUGUAUCACGAUCGGUACAUGUGCUGCUACGAUGGAUAUGGCCCUUCACCUUAUAUACGAGGUGAGGAUCUCGAAAAUAUCGGAAGCAUUGAGGAUGGGGAGAGACCGUCACCAAGAUGUGACGAUGAGGAUCGCGCGGCACUGCGGAGACUAUUGGCAAAGCUUGGGCAAUCGGUCCAGGAAAGCUUUAAGGAUCAAUACUGCGAACGAGUAGUGGAUUUGGUUCAGACGAGAUAA